UUAGUUGAAUAAAUAAACGUUAAGCAUUAUUUGUAUGAACUAUAAUAAGGUCUAAGAUACAGUGAUUAUAGUGUAGUAAUUAAUAUUGUUAAUUAUAAACAUACGUGAAUAUAUUUCUUUAGAUAGUUUUUAAUUGUAUAAUGUAAUUUACGUUGGAAAUAAGAUUACUCAAUUACAGUUUGUCUGUGUUUACGUUUGGGAAAUUCCCCAAUUGUCAGAUGUAGAAAAAAAUAAAAGAAAAUAUAUAGGAUCGGUCUAUCAUUAAUAUUACGUAUUAUAAACACAUACACACACAUAUUGACUCACGAUCGGAAUUUAUUAUGUGAUCAUAAAGUGCAAUGUGCAAUGUAAUAAUGCAACUGAAAGAUUAUUUAUAAAAUAAGAUUGAUGAUAAUACGUUCGAUGUUGUCCUACUGUUGUCUACGUUGACAAUAGGAAGACGAAUUUUGAAAAUAAAAAACAUGCAUCGGUAGUUUUAAGUAAUCAAGAUCUGUCAUUAAAGUAUAAAAGUAUUAAAUGAAACACACAAGUUUUCAUCAUGGAAGAUUUGAAAUACAAAUUCUUGAGUUUUAUUAACAAACAGAAUACAGUGAAAGUUCCGAUUAUGGGUUUAAAUCCAGCCUUGUUAGAAACGGAACAAAAAUGCGAAGACUUACAAUCUGAAACAGGACAAUCGACUGAAAGUGAACAUAUUCCGGAUCAAGAAAUAUUGGAAUCUAUUGAGAAGAUUUAUUUUAGAAAAGAUGAUGACUUUGAUCCAAGUAGAUACGAGUUAGAAAAAUUAUUAAAAGUAUUGCAGUCAAAGGAAAUAGAAAAGCGUUACAAGAAACUUAAACAACAGUAUCAAGUUGUGUCGAAGAAAGUAUUGCAGCUAAUUCUGCAGAAACAAAGUGCUUACGAAAAGGAAUUCGAUAAUAUCUUAGUCAUACAAAACCAACUUCAGAAUAUGUUGGCAAUAUGCAGAAUGGGAAGGCAGGAUCUGAAAGUAGCUAAGGAACAAUUUACUAAAGCCAUUUUAGGAAUAUUGGCCAAUUAUAAAAAACGUCAAGAUAUUGAGAAAUUAUUAAAAAAUGUACAUACCAUCAAAAAUUUUCAACGUAUGGGAGACCAAUUGGAGGAACUUCUGGGCAAGAAAAAUUAUCCUGGCGCAAUUUCACUUUUAUUAAAAUGUCAACGAGAUGCGCAGACUUACAAGCACUUUAAAUGCAUCGCAGCUUUGAAUGGAAAAUUACAAGAUAUUUUAGAACAAACUGAGAAGACUUUAGACGAUACACUUUCUAAAAUGUGCACGCACUUUGAUGAAACUGUAUAUACUUCAAUACAAGAAGCUUACAUGUUAUUAGGAAAAGCAGAAACUGCUGUAGAUCAAACGAAUUUGCAUUUUACUGCUGCCAUUCAUAAUACAGCAUUCUCUGUUAUUCAUUCGUACACGGAAGAAGAUACGCAGAAACAUUAUAUACAAUUAUGUCAAUCUGUACCUAAAGAUAAAUCUGUACUUUGCUUGAUAGAACUUUGUAUAUCGCUGUGGAACAUACUGAUCUCUUAUUGUCGAGUUAUUUGUUGGCAUAAUGUACAUGAGAGUAGUAAAAAGAAUCAUUCGGAGGAGAAGGAUUUUGAAAAAAUUAUUACUAAUCAAUAUGCCAAGCAUAAAUUAGAUUUAAGUAGUAUGAUGCGAAUGUGGUCCGAGGUAGAAGCUGAAAUAUCCAUGUAUUUGUCCAACGCCGACUUGGUUUAUAUUAAAUUCGAACAGUAUGUUCACAUCUUGGGAAUAGUUAAUCGAUUAAUGGAACUUGGAGAAUUGUCUGGUUAUAAAUUUGAAAGGUUACAAGAAUUCAUGCAAAAACAAUCUCAAUUAUAUUUUUCACAUUACAACUUGUCUCGUUUGGAUGAACUUAGAAUAUUUCUUGAAAACGAUGGAUGGGAAUUGUGCCCUGUUAAACCUAAUUUCGUGGCAACUCAAUUGCAAGAAUUCAAAAGUUUGAAACCAAUAUUAAACAAAUCUAAAGUAUGCAACGGUUUGGAUACUUCGAUCAUCAGUGAAACUGAAACCUCUAUAGAUAUUGAAUUGUUGUUACAAAAGUAUCUUGAAUAUGGUGCAUCACCUUUCACUGUUGGACUCGAUGACACAGUAGAAGAAGAUAUUUCUGCUCGUUACAAGGAUGACUUAUCCGAUGAUUCCGACGAUGAUAUAUUUGAUGAAAUAAGUCGUGAAUACGUCGAUGAAUCGGAACACACUAAAGUUAAUAAAAAGAAACAUAAACACAAACAUAACGAACCAAUAGUUACGAAUACAACUCUGACCAUUUUGAGGGUGUGUGGAAAGUAUUUGCAAAUGUCCAGGCUCUUAAGAUCAAUUGCAGUCGCUGUUACUAAAAGCAUGAUACAAUUUUUUGAAAUUUAUUUCUACACAGUGCAUUUAUUUUUCACCGCAGAUCUUCAAAUAAGCAGUGAAAUUUUGUAUAGUCCAAGAUUAAAAUUGUCACUUAAUCGUAUGAAAGACAACUUCAUAGUCAGUGAAACUGAAACGGACGAUAAUGCGAGUUCAAAUUGUAAUAAUAAAGUGAGACAACCGCAUUUGUCUUCUAGUGUCAUCUUGUCGCAACCUGAUAAACUUUAUGGAUUAACUGAACGUAUUGUAGCUGUUGAAUCAUUAAUAUUUUUAGGACAACAAUACGAAAACUUAAAAACUUAUUUAGAACACCUCCUUGGUAGUAGUCCACAAAGAGGAUUUUUGCAUCCUUUUUAUACGCAAACAAUUGUAUGUACUACAGAUUUAAGAAAACCAGUUUAUAUGGCAGUGGUGUCGCAAACAUUCGAUAUAGCAAAUAUUUUAAAUUUGAUGAAUAAAGUCAAUUGGGAAGUAACUGAUGUUAUGUCUCAGCAUAGUAAUUACAUCGAUGUUUUAUUAAAGGAGAUAAAUGUGUUGAAUGAAAAAUUAAAUAACAUUGCAAAUUCGAUUCCUUUAUCCGAAGAAGUUCAUGCUUCCAUAUGGGAAAAUGUUGCACAUUUAAUUACGCACACUUUGGUUGAAGGUUUUUCCUGCGCAAAAAAAUGUUCGAAUGGAGGAAGAGGAUUAAUGCAACUGGAUUUCACGCAAUUGAAAUUAAAAUUUGAACAAUUGUCUACCCUAAAACCGAUGCCGCAUAAUGAUUACGUAGAAUCUUAUAUCAAAGCUUAUUAUCUACCAGAAAAUAGUUUGGAAGAAUGGAUCAAAGAGCAUAAAGAAUACUCAGUAAAACAUUUGAUAGGAUUGAUUUGUUCCGUUUGUCAAAAUAACAAAAAAACAAGACAACGUUUAAUAGCCAGCGUAGACAACGAGCAAAGACCUUGUAGAUAGCAUCAAAUAAUCCACUAUAGUACGGCACAAGAUUUAGUUGAAAUAGAGAUUAUCUGAAAAGAGGUAUAAUAUCAUUUAUAAAUAUACAGUGGGUGUCAUUUAAAAUCGUAUGCUGUUAAGAUUAUUAGAUUUUUGCUUGAAAAUUAUUGGCAUAAUUUAUUCAGUAUGAAGACACAAUUUAGAAAUGAAUACAUUAAUAUAUUUGUAUUACAUAUUUAAUGAGAGUUUUAUGAUAGGCAAAUUUCGGAUUUGAAAUUAUCGAAUGACAUCAUUAAAAUCGAACGUUCGAUAUUUUGGCGAUUAUCGAAGUAUAUCGAGACUACAGUAUCAUUUCGUAAUACGAGUGAAGAAGAUCGAAAUUUUAUCCUUCUUACAAGUAAGCUUUAAAUAAUAAAACAAUAAUACAUUGUUUAAAUAAUUUAAAUAAUUUUGAUUUGAUAUUUUAUUCAAUGAAAAUUUGA